UCCGAUGGAUUAUUUUGGGUUGAUACCGGAAGAUUGCUUAUCGGAAAUUUUAUCGUUUACUUCGCCGGAGGAUACUGCUAGGUUAUCGACGAGCUCUCGAGGAUUCAAUUCUGCUGCUGAAUCCGACGUCGUUUGGGAGAAAUUUUUGCCGUCGGAUUAUCAAAAUAUAAUUUCUAAAUCAAAAUCUUUACUGGCUUCUCCUUCCAUGAAACAACUUUACUUUAGUCUCUGUGAUUCCCCAAUUCUCACUGAUGGAGGCAAAAUGAGUUUUUCAUUGGACAAGAAGACCGGGAAGAAAUGUUUUAUGGUAUCAGCGAGGGAACUUGCUAUUUCAUGGAGUGAUACACCACAUUAUUGGGCAUGGUCAUCUCACCCCGACUCCAGAUUUUCGGAAGUGGCUAAUCUUCGGUUCGUUUGUUGGCUUGAUAUGCGAGGGAAGAUUGAAACUCGACUACUGUCAAAAAGAACCAACUAUGUUGUUUAUCUAGUGUUCAAACUGAAAAGUGGACACUAUGGCCUUGAAACUGCUAAUACAUUUGUUAGAUUUGUUGAUCGUGAGAGUGACAAUGAAGCUGAGGAACGAGCUAGUGUUGUUAGUAUUUCAAGACAAGAAGGACCUGGUGAGAAUCGAUCCAAGAGAAGAGACGAUGAAUGGAUGGAAAUAGAAAUGGGAAAAAUUUUCAAUGACGCAGGAGAGGAUGGAGAUGUUGAAGCGAGAUUAAUGGAAGUUAGGCGUCUCUCUGCGAAAGGUGGCUUUAUCGUUCAAGGAAUAGAGUUUCGACCAGAAUAAAGAAAAGAAGAAUCCUUUGAACCAUGCCUUUCCAGUACUCCCUCUCUUCUGGAUCGACUCAAAUCCUUCUAAAUAUGGCCCUUCUCACCUAAUGGUCGAACUCGAGUUAUCGGUAUAGUUGAUUUACUAUAUUAAUGUAUGUUAUCAGAGUGAGUUACUGCAUGUAAAAAACUCAUUUUGCUUAUGA